CAACUUCUUCGUAUAGAAGAAAAACAGAGGCUUUCGUUUUCUCAAAAGCUCGUCUCUGCGACCAAAAACCGUACAAAUUAGAACCCACCACCGAUUUUCUUCGAGUUUCGCUCUCUGGCAUUCGCUUGCUUGCUCUUUCUAGAAACCCAUGGCGAGCAACGAGGAGGCUGUGGAGGAGGCAAAUGGGGACUCAUUUCUGGCGGUGAAGCAGAGAUUGAGGGAUCGGUCCAAGAAAGUGGCUCAGACGAAGGAGAUGUUGUCGAAACAAGCUGUUCAGACGAAGGAGAUCUUGUCCAAACAGGCCGUUAAGAUCGCUAAGCAAGCUGAAGAGCACGAAAGAUUCAUCAACAAGGUAACUCAUCUAUUGGGGGUUCUCGGGUUCGGUGCAUUUUGCUUCCUCUUGGGUGCAAGGCCACAAGAUAUUCCAUAUGUGUAUUGUUUGUUCUACUUCACCUUUGUUCCUCUCCGAUGGAUCUAUUAUCGGUUCAAGAAAUGGCAUUAUUAUCUUCUGGAUUUCUGCUACUAUGCCAAUACAAUUUUCUUGGUCGUGCUUCUUCUAUAUCCAAAGAAUGAAAAACUUUUCAUGGUUUGCUUCUCAUUUGCAGAGGGACCAUUAGCCUGGGCAUUGAUUGUUUGGCGUUGUAGCUUGGUGUUCAGUUCUGUUGACAAAAUUGUUAGUGUCCUUAUACAUCUGUUACCUGGGAUUGUCUUCUUUACUAUUCGAUGGUGGAAUCCCACGACCUUUGAAGCCAUGCAUCCUGAGGGAACUGCCCACAGAGCUUCAUGGCCUUAUGUGGAAAACAAAUCCUACCUGUGGACAUGGCUGUUUGUGGUUCCCUUAGCAGCUUACACACUCUGGCAAGUUCUCUAUUUUCUCAUUGUUAAUGUCCUACGCAGACAGAGGCUGUUGAGAGAUCCCGAAGUCAUGACUUCCUACAGGGAGCUCUCCAAAAAAGCCCAGAAGGCAAACAAUAUAUGGUGGCGUCUAAGUGGUCUGCUUGGGGAUCAGAAUCGACUGUUGAUGUAUAUCUUGUUCCAAGGUGUAUUCACUGUAGCAACAACAGCACUCACAGUCCCCAUCUUCUUGUCAUAUGAAAUGCAUGUAGUUUUCCAAAUACUUAAGGUCUCUGCAACUGUAUGGAAUGGAGGAAGCUUUCUGCUAGAAGUGAUGCCAAGGCAGGUGAUUCUUAAGGAAAAGAAGAAAUCAGAGACGCAGCCAGUCCAAACACUACUGGUUCCAUCUGCAGAGACGAAUCAGCCUGAUCAACCGCCACUAGUUGAUUAUUUGAAGGAGAAUGGUAGUCAGCAAGAUCAAUCCUCACUUGUCGAAACCUCAGAGGAGAUGAACAGCUCUGCUGAGCCACAUCCUUCGUAGCAGCUGCAUACAAAAUAACAUCAAUAUCUGUGUAGAACUGUGUGUUGUGCCCCAUGAGAGGGAACUUUGUUAGCUCAUCUAAGCUGUAGUUCUCUGAACUUCGUUUUACAAAUCAAUCAUAGUGUUCUGUUUAUUUA